AUGAGUGAACUUCUAUCCUUCAUCCUUACCCAAGAGGAUUUUCGCAAAGCCCGUCUCCCAUCACUUUACUCAGACUUCGCCCCUCUUCAAACCGUAAACCCAGAUGGAUAUAUAGCCAACAUCACAGCCUGGAAGACAGCUCUUUCAAAAGCGACAUACGCCGGUUUAAUCCCGUCCUCUACUUCCUCAACUGACCACCUCAUCCUCCCGAUAACAUCGUUACUAUUACCGUCACUUACUACCCGGGAAUAUGGAACCCCCAGUUUGGGAUGUGUUAUAAACGAGGGUAUUGCAUCCGAGGAGUUUAUCCCUCUGAAGAACUUUUUGGCAAGGGAAGGGAGUAUAUACUACAAACCGUGGGUAGAUCCCUGGAAGGUUUUAUCAUGGGGGUUGAAGCAAGUUGGUGUGGGAGGAGGGGCUGUUAGUGCAAAGUUAGUGAACGGGGAAGUUGUGGUUGUGAAAAACGUUGAAGAGGUAUCCCAGAAGGUUAUUAAGGUUAUGUCUCAGGGUCAACGGGAUAUUGAUAGGAUCAUGACGUUGGAGACGUUGGAGCAUGAGAUCAGGAAUAUUAUCGAUAAGAAGAUUCAGUUGAGUGAGAAGGAUGUGAAGGUUUUGGUGAAGCAUUUGUCGAGAGAUUUGGGGGAGGCGAGCGUUCAGGGAAAGACUAUUAAAUUCAAGCCCGCAGACUCGGCUCUCCAACCAAUCUCGCAAUCAGAUAUCACGACAGCACAAUUAAAACAUUUAAUCAUAACACAAAAUCUCAAAGUCGAUGCUCUAUCAUCUAGGAUCACAGCUCUACAGACUAAGGCAAAACAAGCCAUUUUGGCCAAUAAUAAAAUCACAGCACUUUCCGCUCUUAAGAGCAAAAAGAUGACGGAAGAACAGUUGCAGACGGUGACGAAUAGUUUGUCUUCGCUGGAGAGCGUUUUGAUGAAAAUCGAAGAGGCAGUCGAUAACGCCGCAUUGAUUGAUACUUUGGAACAAGGUUCGAAGGUUCUGGCCGGAUUAAAUAAGGUCACAGGAGGUGUAGAGAGAGUAGAGAAGGUUAUGGACGAGCUCCAGGAACAGAUGGAUGAGACGGACGAAAUUUCUAGGAUCGUCACUGAGCCUGGAACUACCAAGCUGAACGAGAUCGAAGAUGAUGUUCAAGAGGAAUUCGAGGCGCUCAUCAAGGAAGAGAAAGAGAGGGAAAGAAAGUUGGAAGAAGAGAAGAAGAGGAAGAUAGAAGAGGAAGAUGCAAAACUGCUAGAGCGGCUGGCUGGAUUGAAUGUUGCAGACCAGAUACCCCAGGCUGCCAACAAGGAACGGGACGAGGAGAGCGAGGCUCUACCUGCGUAG